AUGGUAUCGAACCGAAAUACGGACUAUCUAAUCAACACAUCCCCGGAUCAGACAAAGGUGGACAGUUGGAUUUCCAGCGGUUUUGUCGACGUACCCACCGAACCAUCCAAAGUGUCCAUCAAAACGGAAACCGAUUGGCCCACAGUACCGGAUUUCUACUCUCAACGCUCCUCGGUCUCUUCAUCCGACUCGUCCUCGGUCCGGCCGAACGAUCUGGGUCACACGGUCGAUUUGUCAUCCCGGUUCCCACGAGCACCACCGGACAUUGAUCCACAAGCUGGGGAAUCCGGUCAACCCACCAUUACCACCGCAUUCACGUCCACUUCGAUCGAGUCGAUUGAGCUGAUGCUACGCCGUUUGAUGUCCGAUACGAACUAUCGGAAAAAACAGAUGGAUAUGUUAUUCGAGAAACUGACAUGCACACAGAACCAACUGGAACAGCUUGCCUCAACACAGUCCGAAUUGAUGAAACGUUUAAACACACUACAAGAGCAACAAGAAAUUUCCAAUCUAUCCCUGCCCAGUCGUGUCUCAAGUUGUCAGGGUUAUAUGUCCGAAUCGGAGGCGUAUGAGACCGCGCGUCCGAAACCCGUCCACAAAGCUUCUGGCCUGAUGAGUCCAUCACUUCGACACCAUCAGAAUUCCGCCUCGUCCACAGACGGUAAUUCAAUACCCGACUGGGGUCAACAGAUCCUGCUACAACUUCGUUCACAGCAGGGGGAUUUCGCGCGUCGAUGCUCUCAUUUGGAGGGAAUGCUGAACAAAGUGAAUGCGAUGACCAACGAUCUGAAUCAGUCUUAUCGUCGUCAACAAUCCAAAGUGGUAUCCCCGACCGCUAUGGACACCCGGUUAGAUCAUCUACCGAAAUCCACUUGUGAUCUGAUCCGACCGGUUGUGCGGGCCGAGAUGCAAAACGCUUUUGUGAACAACACCUCUCGUUUGGUUGAACCGAUACAAAAGGCCAUCACGGUGGCUAUUCAAGACUGUCUCAAGUCCUUACCGACGGCAUUGGCUGAUAAUGUAAACCGAUUAUUGCGUGAAAAGAAUUUCACCACCCAAUUCGCUCGGUCAACCUCCGCGGCUCUGUCUGCUGAUUUAGCCGGCGCCUAUCGUGAUUCCCUUCAACGGAUAUUUGUUCCCGCUCUGGACAGAAAUAUCAAUCGUCUGUUGGAAGAAUUAAACGCGGUUUUCCGCACCGGCACAUUGCAUUAUUUGCAAGAAAUCGAGCAACGCACAAAAUCAACUCUCGAUGCAAAUGCUCUGGCUAGCUCAGUGGCUUCUCGAAUCAUUCCUGAAAUUCAGGGUCUAAUGCAUUCCGAGAGUGGUGUGACUUUGACCGGGUCUAGUUCGAUCAACACGUUGGAAUCGUCUGUCGCAUCAACGAAGCCACAUAUGCCUGCAGGCCAAUCCAAAUCAACUGCAGAUAAUACUAAUAACAAUGUCCAUAGUAAAAAACCAAAGACGGUGACCGCACAGUCGUCGUCAGACGUAUCUCAAUCCAAACUCGGUUUUACACCUUCACCGAACCCGUCUGCGCCGGCCAAGCUCAAAGUGGAACAAGCGCGACAAGCGCAAAAGUUAAUCCAGCAAGAUAUGCUUGUCGAGGCUCUCGAACUGGUAAGCGACUCCUAUUCGAAAGUGUUCGCAUAG